AUGGCAACGGCUGAACAUCAUAAAGCUCAUCAUGGCUCGAACGCCUUAGGAGGCACUCAUGUGAAGUAAUACGAAAAUCUGAAGACCCUUUUGAAGAAUGCCAAGUCCACUAAUGGCUAAGACCUCUAUGCUCACUUGCAGGAGGUAUUCAAAAAGCUUAUCCUACACUAUCCAGAUCAAGCUCUUGACAAGUUAGAGGAAGUAUCUUUCUUGGUCAAACACAACGGAUCAGGUUAUAAGAUCAAUGAUUACUUAGUUCUCGAGGAAAGAAAAGAAUAUGACCAGCUAUCUGCUUCUCAAAAAUAAUACCUAGAAAAAUUGGUGACAUUCUUCAGAAAACCACCCGCUGAAAACGAGGAGGAAGAGGGAGCAGGCGCUUCAGAUGAGCCACCAGCUGCAACUGGCAACGUCUCAGAUCUAAUGAAUGAUUCCAAGAUAUUUGAGUGGGCUGGAAUCGGUUUCGGAGAAGUCGAGUCCUAUAGAAUUCUCAAGUCGCUCAAGAAAUUGGCUCUUGACACAGGGGCAGGCAACAUCAGAUUCUUUGGCAAGAUUCACGGCACUCAGAGUGACUACUACAUUGCUGAGGGUCAGGAAGGAACUGAAGACGAAGGAGAGAAGCCAGAAGACUUCGAGGCAAGAGGUACAGGAGUAAACAAGUUCGUCUACUGGGUUACCAAUAAUGUAUUCGAUAAGUGGAUUAAACUCCCAGAUCUACUGCCAAAAGACAUCAGAGCUGCCAGAUAAGUCAAGGUUCUAUUUACAGGCAAUCUAGAUAGACUCAUAUAUACCAAUCCCUACUUCUUUGGUCAAGAGAAGCACUAUCUAAGAGCGCAAAUAGCAAGAAUUUACCACUCUACCAAUGUAGUCCCUGCUUCAUUAUAUAAAGUGUCUGAAGACCCAAAGGAAAUCGAAGAUGCCACCCCAGAGGGAGAUGAGACUGAAGUAAGAAUACCAAGCACCCAUGAUAUGGCACAGUCUAAGAGCUGGGCUCACUAUUCCUAGAGUAUUCUAAAUGCAGGCAGAAUCACUCAUAUGUAACCACCUGUCCCAGCAGAUGCAAAGGACGGAGAAGACGAAGAGUAUUUUAUGAAAAAGCUAGAAGAAAGUGAUCCAACUGAGAAAAGACUAAAGCUGAUUUCUCAAGAUAGCCCUGUAAAUGUAGCAGGCAACGCUAAACAUCCCGCUUGGAUAGUGAAGCUGAUGGGAGAUAAAAAUGUCUAUUAACAUCAGACAAACCCUAAGAAGACUGUUAACUAUGGCGUUGUAGUAGUUAGGUCACUAUAGUGGCCAGGUUCAUUCACUUUUUACUCAUAAGGCAGAUAUCUGAGUAUUUAUGUAGGAAAUGGAUUAAAGUAUGAGACUCAGUCUUACUACCCAGUACACCCUCCAAUGAUUCUAGAUGACCCAGGCAAUGAAUGGAUUGAACAGCCAGAACCCACUCCACUAUUUGAAGAAGUAGUAGUCUAGCAAGAGGAAAACCCUGAUGGAGGAAAUGCCGAGCAGGAAGAAUAUUGA